AUGGAGGAUAGAUUCUCGGAUUUGGCUGCUAGUUGUGCUGAAAGUUCGGACGAAGCAGUUUCAGCGAUGCAGAAGCUUUUGGCGAAUUUGAAAGCGACCAAGGGGGAUAAAGAGGUGAUUUUUAAAAGGAAACCAUGAAUUUUUGACCAAAAAUUGUAAAAUUUCCAGGGUCUCUCGCUCCUAAAAGUCAAAAAUGCCGAAAUGGUUGCAUAUCUCAGCGAAAUCUCCAUCCUUAUGUCAAAAAUGCUCAAAGGCGAUCAAAUACAAACCGAUUCUUGCACCAAACGAGCACUAAAACAUCGUGUUGUAAGAUUUUUUGAAUUCAGGAUGAAAUUCUAGAAUUAUUGUUAUAGAUUCUCGAAAAAAUCCGGCCAAUUGAGGACAAAAUGAGGCCGCAAAUCGAGAAAUUGUUGUCGAAAAAAUCGGGCGAGAAAAGUGUGCAAAAGGCGGCGAAUUUGCGAGUGCGAUUGGAGAAUAUGGAUGUGAGUUUGACAAGCUGACAACAGAAAAAAUAUCUGAAAAUCUCGAAUUUUCAGGUUGGAGAUGAUGAAAAUGAGGAGGAAGAUGAGGAUGAGAAUGGUGAUGAAAAAUCGAAAGAAGCUAAGAAAUAUGUGGCGCCAAAGAUUCGAGCGGUUAGAUAUGAAGGUAAAUAUGAGGUUUGGGCUGGAAAAUCGAAUUUUUCAUGAAAUUUUGGUCCUGGGACCGUUUUUCCCGGGAAAAAUCGAUAUUUCACGCGACCUAUGACGUGGAAAAAUUUAUUUUUAAAAAUAUUUUCUCGAAGCGUUCAUUUUUAAAUUUUGUUGAAUUCAAAAGCUCACGACGUGAGUUUUCAAUUUUCAAAGAAAAAUCUGAAAUUCAGUCAAAAUUUCGAGUUUUUCAUAGGAAAAUUCAGAUUUAUCUGCGUUUUCACAUGAAAGAUGAGAUUAUUUGUAUGAAUUUCAAGUUUGGCUGAAAAUUUGAGAUUCCUUGUGUUGGAAUCUUUGAAGUUGUCUGAAAAUCCGAAUUUUUCAUUGGAAAAUGCAGGUUUACUUGUAGUUUCAAAUGAAAGAGGAAGAUUUUCAGACAAAACUUCUAUAUUAUAAAAAUUAACUGAAAUUGUCGAUUUCCAAUUGAAAAUAUGCAAAGAUCCCGAUUUUUCAGCUGAAAAUGCUGAAAUUUCUGGAUUUUUACAUGUUUUUAAUUGGAAAUUGGCAGAGAUGCGGAAGCUAUGCCCAAAUUUUGAAUUUCAGCCAAAAUUUGUUUCAGACGAAGAAGAAGCUCCAAGUAAACAAGUCGAAAAAGCAAAACGUCGUGCCAUGCAAAGCAGCUUGAUUCUGGAAUUGAAAAAUCAAUAUUCUGAUGCGCCAGAAGAGAUCAGAGUGAGCAAAACUAUCUAGAAAACUGAAUUUUUAUCUGAAAUUAAGUACCCUAAACCCCUUGUUUCAGGAAGUAAGUGAACGAAAAUUCCAAUAUGAUCGAGAAAGAGAACAAUAUGAAGAGGACAAUUUCACACGAGUUCGAAUGACAAAAGAGCAAAAAAGGAAGAGCGAGAAAUUGGGAAAAGCUGAAACUUUGGAUGAUUUGUUGAAUUUUGGAGAUUAUAUGAUGAGAUCGGAAGAUGGAAAAUCGGCGCUGAAUUUGAAGAGGUAGCAAGCAGAUUUGGAGCUGAAAAUUGAGAAUUUUUCCAUGAAAAAGUUGGAUUCUUCAUAGGAAAAUUCAGAUUUAUCUGCGUUUUCACAUGAAGAUUUCAUUUCUUCCUGGAAAAAUUCCAUGAAAUUCUGUCUGAAAAUCCGAAUUUUUCAUCGGAAAAUGCAGGUUUACUUGUAUUUUCAAAUGAAAAAGGAAGAUUUUCAGACCGAAUUUCUAAAUAUUCAAAAUUAUUCUGAAAUUGUCGUUUUCCAAUUGAAAAUAUGCGAAAAUCCCGAUUUUCCAGCUGAAAAUGCUGAAAUUUCUGGAUUUUUGCAUAUUUUCAAUUGGAAAUCGGCGGAGAUGCGGAAGCUAUGCUCAAAUUUUGAAUUUUUCCAGAAAACGCCUUAGUUCCACUGCUUCCGGUGCGCCGAAAAAGAAAAAGACACAAAAAGAGCGAAAAAAGGCGGCCAAAGGAAAGAAAGAAGGAAGAGUAAGUUUUUUUGGCUGAAAAUUUUGAAUAAUCUGAAAAUCUUGAAAUUUUCAGAAGCGCGCCAUUCGACGACGUCAAUAA